AUGAAGAAGGAAGCUCCUGCCCCUCCUAAAGCCAAAAGUGAAGGCCUUGAAAGGCAAGAAGGCAAUGCUGAAAGGUGCCCACAGUCCCAAAAAGAUCUGCAUGUCUCCUACCUUGUGGUGACCCAAGACCCUGUGGCUCCAGAGACAGCCCAAAUACCCUCCAAAAGCAUGCCCAGGAAAAACAAGCUUGACCACUAUGCCAUCAACGAAUUGCCCCCUGACCGCCCAGUCAACCAUGAAGAAAAUAGAAGAGGACAACACGCCUGUGUUCAUGUGGAUGUCAAGGUCAAUGAACACCAGAUCAAACAGAGUGUGACGAAACUAUGA